AUGGCUUCUCUGCGCGAUCGCCAGAUCGCCUCCAUCCAGCGCAUCCUCAAUCUGAACGCCCCAAAACAGCCCUCCGACGACGACGCGAACAAUGCUCUGCCCUCCGCGAACACCCCAAUUCUCUCCGAAACGGGCGAACCGAUAUGGAAGGUGCUGGUAUUUGACGACUUCUCGCGGGAUGUCGUGUCAUCGGUACUGCGGGUCAACGACCUGCGAGCCUGGGGCGUGACGAUAUACCUCUCGAUCAAUACCACAAGGCAUAUGAUACCCGAUGUGCCAGUCAUCUACCUCAUAGAACCGACCGCCUCGAACCUUGAGAUCAUCACGAGCGACCUGUCGCGCAGCCUGUACUCUCCCGCCUACGUAAACUUCCUAUCAUCAGUACCGAGACCCCUCCUCGAGGACUUCGCCCAGCAGACGGUCACCUCGGGCACUGCAGAGCACAUCGCCCAAAUAUAUGACCAAUACCUGAACUUCAUUGUCUCGGAGCCAGACCUGUUUUCGCUGGGCAUGAAGGGGGCGUACGGCACGUUGAACAGCGCAAAUGUAUCGGACCAGGAGCUGGAUGCGCUCGUGGACCGGAUUGUGUCAGGGCUCUUCUCCGUCGUCGUGACCAUGGGCACCAUUCCAAUCAUUCGAUCGAGCAAGGGCGGCCCUGCUGAACUUGUCGCUGCGAAGCUCGACAGGAAAUUGCGAGACCACAUUCUGAACUCAAAGACGAAUCUCUUCUCCGGCGACCAAAAGUCGUCCACAACAGGCUCCAGACCGGUGCUUGUACUCGUGGAUCGGAACGUGGACUUGACAGCCAUGCUCAGUCACAGCUGGGUCUAUCAAUCUCUAAUUUACGAUGUGUUGUCAAUGCACCUCAACAAAAUCACCAUGAAUGUCCCGGUCGAUAAUCAACAUCCCGAAAAGGGAACCAAGAAGCAGUCUUACGACUUGACCGCUUCAGAUAGCUUCUGGUUACGGAACUCUUCUCUCCCGUUCCCCGAAGUAGCGGAAAAUGUAUCAACAGAGUGGAACAAAUAUCAAGAAGAUGCAAAUGAAAUCACAAAAAAAACGGGCACUUCAUCAAUAGACGACCUCUCCAGUGAUACGAAUUCAUUUGCAGCACAUCUGAAAGGAGCUAUGGCAGCUCUGCCUGAGCUGAAGGAGCGAAAAGCGACCAUUACAAUGCACAUGGAAAUACUCGAGGCGCUCAUGAGGGGCAUCAAGGAUCGAAAGCUAGAUGAGUAUUUCCAGCUAGAAGAAGAAUUGUCCAAACAGACCAAAGCCCAGAUCUUGGAGCUUAUCAAAGCGUCCGACAAGGGCAACGAACCGCUCGAUAAACUAAGAUUGUUCCUCCAGUGGUAUCUUACUACGGAGACAGAACUUAAUAGGACGGAUCUUGACAGCUUCACUCAAGCACUGGAAGCCGCAGGUGCAGAUACAACAUCCAUCAAAUAUGUCCGAACUGUUCGCCAGCUUACCCGAAUGACCAUGAUCUCCUCUGCUCCAACACAACCCACACAAAACACAGCCUCCCAGCUCUUCGGCGGUUUUAGCGGCCUCUCGUCUCGCGUCACGGACAAGUUCAAGGAAGCUGGUUUAGGCGCCAAUAUUGGCGGCCUUCUUGAAGGAGUCAAGAACUUCCUGCCAGCCAACAAAGACCUUACUUUGACCAAGAUCACAGAGUCACUCAUGGACCCGGCAAACGCGUCCUCAAGCGCCAUCCAGAAGACAGAGAACUAUCUCUACUUCGACCCGCGGUCUGCCAACGCUCGAGGUACACUGCCGCCAGCAAGCCAGGCCCGCAACCAGCAGGGCACGCGGAUUGGCAUCGAAGCUACGUUCGGCCAGCGCCGGCAGGCCUUCUCAGAAGCCAUUGUCUUCUCUGUCGGCGGCGGUAGCAUGGAUGAGUACGGCAACCUGCAGGAGUGGGCGAAGCGAACCAGCGCAGGCGGCGCAGCAGGCACGGGCCAGAAGCGAAGAGUCAUAUACGGGUCCACUGCAAUACUUUCAGCUACGGAAUUCGUCACCACAGAUCUCGCUAUGUUGGGCAAGGAGAGCUCGUAG